AUGUUUCAAAGACAACGUAAAAAUCAAGAUCAAGUUGGUAACAAUGAUGAAACUGCAACCUCAUCUUUUUCAAAUUUAACCAACAAUAAUUUGAAUAGCAGUCAUUCUCAUAAUGGAAGCAGUCAGAAUCACAACGGUCACUCAAAUAAUCAUUAUCAUAGUAAUAAUGGAAAUUCAAAUAAUCUUGUUAGGAAUAAUAUUUCAGAAAAUAAAAAUGGCAAACAUUAUACUAUGGAAGAAGUAUUUCAAGUAUGGUAUGAUAAUAAAGAUAAAAUUUUAAAUUCUGAAAUUAAAUCUAAUGGUAAUGAAAAUUAUAAAUGGCCGAAACCUGAACCUAUUUAUCAUUUAACUUUGCAGGAACAAAAUCAUAAGGAUGAGGUGUCGCAUAUUUUCAAUGCCCAAGAUCUACAACAACCAACUGAGCCUGUAACUAAAAACGAUUUAGGUUCAAAUGGGAGUCAAGUAACAGAAGAAAAAGAUGAUCCUUCAUCGUUGGCUGACAAACUAACAGGUUCAUUUGGGAAAAUAAAUUUAGGAUCUGGAGCGAAUGAAAAUUUGAAUUCUUUUACAACACCAUCAAAUGUGAAUUCAGAUCUUAAUAGAACUUCAAGUUUUCAAAGUAGUUUUGGAACGGCAAAUUCAUCGAUUUCAAAAGAAGCUCAACCUACAUUAUCGCCUCCAGUUAACUUGAUUGCGCCUGAUAAACUUCAAUGGCUUUAUGUUGAUCCUUCUGGAAAUGAGCAAGGUCCAUUCAAUGGUGAUAUGAUGCAAGAAUGGUUUACAGGAGGGUACUUAGAUUUGGAACUAAGAAUUAGAAGACAAGAUGAGAAAGAAUUUAAAACUUUAAAAAGUUUAUGUGAGGCAGUUCAAAAUUAUAUACAACCGUUUAAGGUACCAUUACCUGAUUUAUCUUCCCAAAAACCAUUAAAUGACUUUGGACUUAGUAAUACAAGUACAAAUCAAUCAUUUGGAUUCGAUAACGGUAAUUCAAUGAGAUUACCAUCAUUGAAUUUAUCACUGUCAAUGUUUGCAAAUGAAUUCGUAAACUCACCAAUCAAUGACGCAUUUAAUCCAAACUUUAAUCAAACAAUCAAUAAUUUGAACAAUGGAUUCCCAAAUGGUUCAAAUUUUGCAGGUAUUGAAAAUUUCAAUCAACCUUCUCAAUCAAGCAAUGUAAACGAUUCUUUUAAUCAAAAUUUCAAUCUACCAUCAAUGCCAACUUUGCUUCAGCAACAAAUUCAACAACAACAGAAACCAUUGUUAUCUAGACAAGGUAGUGGAUGGGGAAUUGAUACUUCUUCACCCCUCAAUCAACAAAUGUCAGGACCAGCUUCUGCUUCUGCUUCCGGAGUUAAUUCAUUUAUGAAUAAUCAACAAGUGAAUCAACCUGCUCCUAUUUCUCCAUGGGUAAAUGGGGUUAUGGGACAAUCCGUUUCAAGAAUUAACUCACCAUUUAUUUCAAGCACUAACGUCAAUCAAUCUUUUGGAAGUAAUGUUAAUGUUGCUGAAUCUAGACAUGACUCAUUGAAUGACAAUGAUGAGGAUGAUCAAAGUAACGCAGUUAUGAAUUCUGUAGUAACUGAUGUUUUACAAGAUGAUCUUGAUAAUGUGAAAUCCAUAACUGAGCAACAAAAAUCACAACCACAUAAUCAAUCACAACAAACACAACAAACGAAACCAAAUACAACUGAAUUAUCAAAUCAAGCUCCUCAAUCUAAUCUCCCACAACAAACCGAAGUGGAAGAAGAAAUUACUGCACCACCAACAAGAUCAGUUGAUUUAAAACCUUCAAAACCUGAAGCAUUAGCACCAUGGGCUACAAAAUCUAAACCUGAAGAAGUUAAAAAACCUAGUUUAUCAUUAAAAGAAAUUCAAAAAAAUGAAGCUGAAAAAUUAUCUCAACAAAAGAAAAUUCAAGAAAAAAUAAAAUUAGAACAAACUUCUAAAGAAUGGGCUGCUACUGCUGCUGCUGAAAAAGCUGCUGCUGAACAAGAAAAGAAACAAAAAGCUCAAUUACCUCCAACUUGGGGAAAUACUAAUGAAAAAUCUAUUCCAGUAAAAUCUUUGGCUGAAAUACAAAAAGAAGAAGCUGAACUUGCUAAAGCUAAAAAUGCUGCCGCUCUUGCGGCUGCUGCCUCAGCUGCUUCAAAUGGUACUUCAGGUUUAGGUGGUUUAACUGGAUAUGGUAAUAGUAUAUCAUUUGCAAGUGCAUUAGCUAAUUCAGUACCAAAAGAAGAACCUACUGCUUGGACAACAGUUGCAUCAAAAAAACAAUCUUUACCUAAAAAACCAACAAAUAUAUCAACUUCAAAUAUUCCAUCAACCAAAAUAACUCCACAAUUAUUACGUAGUGUAUCUGCGUCAAAACCAACAACUGCAUCAAUUAAUUUACAAGCUAUAAGAGAAGAUUUUUUAAUUUGGGCAAGAUCUCAAAUGACUAAUCUUUAUCCAUCAGUUUCCAAAAAUGAUUUAUUAGAAAUGUUUAUUACAUUACCAUCAAAUUCAAAUGAUACUCAACAAUUAAUAUCAGAAACUAUUUAUUCAUCUAGUGCAACUAUGGAUGGUAGAAGAUUUGCUCAAGAAUUUGUUAAAAGAAAAUCAAAAGUUGAUCAUCAAUUAGGUGGUGAAGCUGCUAAAGAUUUAUCUAGUUGGUCAUCUGCAAUCAUAUCAAGUGCUGAUAAAGUACAAACUGUAGAUGAAGAUGGAUGGAGUACUAGUGUUAAACAAAAGAAGAAAAACACAACCCCAGCUUCAAAAAGAUAA